AUGUUGUGGAAAGUGCUGCUGUCCGCUUGGCUGGUGUCGGUCGCCGUGUGGGGGGCAAAUGCUCAAAGCCUUCCCAACGAAGUGGUUCCACCAAACUGUGACUGCGACAUGGAUCUGAUGUUCUUGGUUGACGGGUCCUCCAGCAUCGGCAGUGAGGGAUUCGCACUAGCCAAAGAGUACAUCGCGCACUUCAUCGAGUGUUACAACUGCACUAAUUGUGAGUCCAACAGAAGCAUCCCCCUGUGCUACUAUAACAACGUCCCCGCUCUGGUGAAUGCUGUGGAAGAAGUCGAAUCCUGCCCCUCAACCACGCGUGUCGGCUACUGCAUCUACUACUCACAGUGCACGACGCAGUGGCAUGCUGGCUUUCCCAGUGUGGUGGUGGUCCUGGCGGAUGGAAGGAUCUACGGUACUUACAAUGGACGUACCAUCAGCGGUAUACGUAGCAGCUCGCGGGUCGUGGACACGACUCAGGAGGACCCGAGCUGGCUGGCCUCCUGCCUGACCAUCGACAACUGUGGUACCUGCCCUGCACUGGUGAAGUCCAUCGCGGACAAACGUCCUUAUCCCUGGGAAGAUGAUGCUGGACCAAACGAAGGAGAGUGCAUUUUUGAGCCGAGGCAAUUGCAGCAAGUAUGCAAAGUCUUGACAACACCCGACUGUCGUUCCGGCCUAGAAAUGCGCUACAAAGGCUUCUGGGACAGCAUUUAUGACAUAUGGUCGAACAUUAAAGAGGAAGUCGGAAACUUCAUAGACGAUGUCCAAGGUUCGGUCGAGGAGAUCAUCACCAACGCGCAAGACGCUAUCAACCAGGCGGAACAAACGGUACAUGACGAAAUCCUGUCCGUCAUCGAUGAAAUCCGCAGUACCAUCGAAAGGGUCCGAGAUGCCGCCCUGGACAUCAUACGCGAUCUCUUCCCCUUUGUCAAUAGUGUCAUACAAGACAUCCAAGAUGUUAUCUGUAAUGUCAUUGAUGAAGCAUACGGGUACAUAGUUGACGCUAUCAAGGAAUUUUUUGAGAGGCUCGUUAAAGCGAGAUUUGAUGCAUUUUGUCACUACCUUGAAAAUCUGAUCGACGGUCUCAAAUACCUGAUCGAUGGUUUUUCCUACAUCAUGCCUCAGGGGCUGGAGAAUUUCUUACAAGAUAUCCUGGGGAAAGCCCAGCUUUUGCUUUGGCUGAAGCGUAUCGCCCGCAUUUUUGGAGAUGCAUUUGCUUGUCGCGUCUGUCGUUUUGUCUGGUGGUUGAUUCGACCGAAUAUUUUCCCGUUCAUUUUCCCCAUACCUUUCAAAGUCCUGCUUGGACUAGUCCCAUUAAUAGGCUAGCGCAUCAUGAAGACAAGGCUGUCGCCAUCAGCCACGGCGUUUAUACAUGUGUGUAUGAAUACAUAACUGUGGAACAAUUAGAAAGGAAUCCGGAAUGAUUUGAAAAACACCUACUACCUAUGUACCCGGGGAGGGGGUGUGGGAGCCCGGUUAAAGUAACUAGGAAAGCACACAGGCUUGGUCACAUGAAUUUGCACAGCCAAUGGUGGUAAUACUGAAAAUUGGAUGUACUUUUCUUAUGUUCAAGAUGUAAUAAGACUAUUGAUGACAACCAAAUUGAUUCCUUAUAGUAAGUAUUUGAAUCAAUUUGGCAGUGAAAGUAUGUGCAUACGUAGUAGUUACAUUUUUCUUUUCCUACUUUGCUUAUUUGCAGUAUUCAUACACACAAUUAUAAAACCCGACGUUGCUGACUUUCUCAGGACACGACAAUUGCAUGGGACAUUGAAUGAAUGGAACUAAAGGCCUCGGAUAAACUGAUUUCAAUCUCACAAUAUCUUGAAAAUUUCGAGCAGUAUUUGCCCUUUCAAAGCAGUGUUCAAAACAAUCAAAGUAUGGCAAUUCUUUGAAUAUAUUUGAACAAAUGCACAAGCUAAAGAGAAGAAAGAGUAUUUCAAGACAAGUUAUUCAAGCGAUUAAAAGAAGACAAAAUUAGACAAAUGAGCAAAUGAUGAAAGUCAGGAUUGUAAGCUGUCUUGAAAACCAUAGUGUCUAUCAGACUAACUACGCUGACUAGUCGACUGUGAGUUUGUUGGAUUUGACCGGCCCCAGUUAGGGGUGUGGGGGGGUGAUGUUAACCAUCCCGCGGGCUCACUCUUCCAGUAAACUAUUCCCCUUUUUUUUGCCAAAUUCUACAAUCCAUGCCUCCACAGGGAGGCAUGGUGGAGGCUAGCAAUAAUAUAAUUAUGAUAUAAUGUAUGAAUUAGAACAUAUGAUGCUAAAAAUGGAUGUUAAAGAUUAUAACAACGCAAAAAAAAACUUGAAUAAGACAAUAGAAUCCCUAAACUGUAGUACUAUUAGUUGUAUUAGACGAUAAAAGGACAAUGUCAGGAAUAAGGUAUUUGUCUCAACGCUUGAGAAACAAUCAGAAUUAGAAUUAGAUUGAGAUUGUGGAGAUAUCAUCAAUAUGCCAGUAUACUAGUACGUUGGACCAAUAGAAUAAAGAUGCUCAGGAGUAAGAUUAAGACUUAAGGUUGAUUCUUAUGUAAUGCCCUUGAAGCUUAAAAUGCAACAAGGUGGAAGUGCUGAGAUCCAGAUAAUAACAGCAUGAUUAUUAAAGCACGUAGAUAGUGUUACAAGUUGUCAUGAGUCAAGGUUAAAAUAUAUAUGUAAGGACUAUUUAUUACUUCAAUGCUUAGGGAACGAGAAGCUUUAAUGCAUAUGUGUGCGAUAACAUCAGAAUAGAUUAACGGUAAAGAAGAAGGCAAAGUAAGCUUUACAUUGAAAAUCAUGAUAUAAUCUAUUACAUAUUAUUCUUUCGUUAAUUUUGGACCAAAGAAAUAAGUGUUGUUUUUCAAUCGUCUGCAUUAUCUUGAAUGCAAAAUCAACUGAAGUUUUGCUUUAAAUUGGCAAGAAGAAACCGUUUGAAUAAUCUUACAAGUAAAUAGGCGUACUUUAAAUGUGAAACCUCAUUUUUUAUGCAUCCGUUUGGACUUUAAGUAUUAAAGGAAAGGUAAAUAAGAUUCAAAAAUUAUAACGUGAGGCAAAGAUAUUCUUAAAGCGCUUUCUUCAUAUACUAACUCGAAAGGUCUGACAACAAAGUCUGCAGGGAACCCGAAGUUUUAUCAUAACAUCACUGCUAUGCAAUGCAGUGUACAGUCUGUGUGGACUUAACACGAUGUCAAUUUGGCAAUACAAAAACAUUUUUUUAGUUAACAGGAAAAGGGUCUGAAAAAUAUAACGCUUAUUUCUGGCGUGACAAGGGGACUUAGGUAGACAAGAUAAUAUAGCAUAUGAUGAUAGGUGAAUAUUAUUCGGAAAACAAUUUCAGUCUUUAAUUCUUCUCUGUCUAGCCGAGGCGAUUUUAUUAAGCAAGUGCAAGAAUCAAAUCAUAGCUAAAAUUUUCACAAGUAAAAAAAAAAAUGUUUUCAAAUCUUGAAAGUAAGAAUACAUUAUAUGUAAAGCUUUUAAGCUUUCCUAUUUGAAUGAGUUCUAUACAAAUAACAUCCCUGACAGUGUGAAUAUCAAAACAUUGGUAAAUACAUCAUAAACUCCCGAUGUUUGGCACAGAAGGAUUUAAGGCUGUAGCGUGGUGUGAACACCACGUAUUUAGAUAUUUCAUUUUUGAAGAAAGAACGCAGGGAUCAUGCACAAAAUUUUAACUUUUUGGCCAAAUUCUGGGACAGUAUUAACUUAAAAUGUAAUGUAAAUUUUGUCUUAAAAUCAUGAAUAAGAGAACUUGAAGGAAAUCUCCAUGCUUGU